UUACAUAAACUAAUAUUACAAAUGCAACUCUAAGUCCAAUGCCCCACGAUUUACAAACUCGUUCAUGCCGGCAGGCGUGAAGCCCAUUUCCAGUGCUCUAAGGCACAAACCACAAAUCGAUCAAGAAGGGGAAUUUGUUCGGGGCGGAGGAGUUGACGGUGCAGAGCUCGGCGUUGUGGGGGUAGUGGAGUUUCAAGAAGACGGAUUUUUGAGUGAUUCCAGCGCCUCCGAAGGACCAGAGGUGGAGAACGAGACCAGAGUCGGUGACGGGCGGGUGGUGGAGCCGGAGUCUGGAAAUCAAUUGCCGCAUGAUUUGGAAACGAUCUCCAGCUUCGCUAGGGAUUUCAGGGGGACGAAAGAGAAGAUGGCCGACGACGUCAACAAAGAAGACACGGCAGGGAAAAUGGCUACCUCAAAUUCCCUUCUAGCAAUCUCUGAUGAAAGUUUGAUUUUAACUUCGGCUGCAACCUUAGCACUGUAGUUUCGAUCUUCAAUCGAUUUUAAAAGAUGAUUUCAGGGGCAGUGAGAUUGAGCAGGAUUUUUUGUUGUUGUGAUGAAGAAGACUCUUAGGACCUGAACGAUGGAGAUGACAAUGACCUCAACAAUUGUUCAUGCUACCUUUGAUUUGCAUCUGUUCUUCUGUUAGGCCUAUGUUCGUGUUAGGCCUAUGUUCGUGUUGUUCUUAGUAUGUAAGAUGUUAGUGAGCUUAUUGGUGUAUUGUUAUGUUGUGAAAUAAAAGUGUGAAGUAGGCCACCUAGUGGUACAAGGUGAAUCUGAGUUUAAUUAGAUAUUAGAAAUCAUAAAUCGGGUUGAGAUUAUAAACUAAGGUCAUGCAGGUGAAGUC